UUAGUGUUGGACUGGUAUUUUGUAGUAUUAGAAAGGUUUCUUGUAUUAGUUAUCGGACUGGGAAAAACAGGAAAUUUCGGUUGUAAAUUUUUGAUCCGUACAUUCCUGUAAUAACUUUGUUGUGACAGGACUUUUGUUCAUUUGUAUUUGGUUACUUUGUCUUCUAAAAAGUCAUUUGUUUUCGUACUUCUUUCGACGUUUGUUUCUCGCUUCUGUCGGUAACCUUUCAGAACACAAAUUACGCAGACUCUCUCUUUCUUUUUUUUUCAAAUGGAAGCCGCACUUCGAAUUGCUGUUAAGCGUUGUCCAUUCGUCCGUUCUACUGAACCGGCCGCUCUAAAACGAUUGGCCGGUGAGGGUCUUUUGCGUGCAGGCUCGCGCUGUCCCAUGUUGAGGGCGCCGUUGCAAGCCCAAACUCGUAAUUUAAGUACAUAUGGUGCUCGUGGUGCUACAGAGCGUCCACUCAAUUCCUGCAUUAACUUACAUACCGGUGUUUUGGAAAAUGCCGAGGAUUCUAAUUCCACACAAGAUGCUCAAAAGCUGAAAAACUCCUCUAGCGGGACGACCUUUUCGCUCAAACAAAAUUCGUCUCGUUUGCCUGCUAAUAGCAACGAAGAUGCCUUUGAUUAUGAAGGUUUCUACGAGGACACCCUUGAACGCAAGAAGAAGGAUAACUCUUAUCGUUACUUUAACAACAUUAAUCGUCUCUCUAAAAUUGACCCUAUGGCGCACUUGGAAAACCCGGAGAAUCUUGUUGAAAUUUGGUGCAGCAAUGACUAUCUGUCCAUGGGCAAUAACGAGAAGGUGAAGGCUGCUAUGCGGAAAUGUUUGGACAAAUACGGUGGUGGUGCUGGUGGAACCCGCAACAUUGCUGGCCAUAAUCAGCAUGCCGUUUGGUUGGAGAACUCAGUUGCUGAUUUGCAUCAUAAAGAGGCAGGACUUGUGUUUUCGAGUUGUUUUGUCGCCAACGAUGCUACACUUUCCACCUUGGGGCAAAAACUGCCCAACUGUAUUUUCCUUAGUGAUGAAAUGAAUCACGCCUCUAUGAUUCAAGGCAUUCGCAACUCCCGUUGUGAAAAAAUGAUUUUCAAACACAACGACAUGUGUGAUCUUGAAGCAAAGCUUGCGAGUCUGCCCCGUAAUCGUCCAAAGAUUAUUGCAUUCGAGUCAAUCUACAGCAUGUCCGGAAGCACUGCACCUAUUGCAGAAAUCUGUGACUUGGCUGAUAAGUACGGAGCACUGACUUUCCUUGACGAAGUGCAUGCCGUUGGUAUGUAUGGUGCCCGAGGCGGUGGUCUUGCAGAGGAAACUCCUGGCUUGAUGGAGCGUGUUGACAUUAUUACGGGUACAUUGGCCAAGUCUUACGGCGUAGUCGGCGGUUAUAUAGCUGGCUCCGCUCUUUUGGUUGACUACAUCCGUUCCAUGGCUCCUGGAUUUAUUUUCACUACGACUCUUCCCCCCCACGUUAUGUUGGGUGCUUUAAUGGCAGUCGAACAUCUUAAGACUUCAAACGUGGAGCGCGAACAACAGCGGUCCGCAGUACGUCGUGUUAAGCAGUCGUUGGCCGAGAUUGGUAUUCCCGUGCUGUCAAAUGACACUCACAUCGUUCCCGCUAUGGUUGGUGAUGCAUCACUCGUUAAGCUUGCUAGUGAUGAACUUCUGCAUCGUCAUAACAUUUACGUUCAAGGCAUUAACUUCCCUACCGUCGCCGUCGGCACCGAGCGUCUUCGUAUCACCCCCACCCCAGCUCACAACAGUGAACGCUUUGUGCGAAACUUUACGAAUGCCCUUGAUGCCGUCUGGCGUAAAUUUGACAUUGGACGCACGGACGGCUGGAUGAGACGUGGUAUUGAUGUUGGUCGUGAAUGUAAGUUCCCUGUUCGACCUUCCUUGAGCGAUCAUUAAACCUAUGAACCCCGUCUUGCCAUUCCGUUUGUUAAGUACUCUCACUCUCAUAGACCUCUUCUCUAUUGAAACAAAAACCUCCUUUCCCUUAGAAUAAAUACAAGUUUAAUGGAUAUCGGCGUUGUUUGACUAACUAUUAGAAUAUUUAAGGGGGGGCAGGCCUCGUUAAUUUUCUCUCUUGUAAAAUUUAUGUAUUCAUACCGUU